UUCAGCCAUGGGUCCUUUGGGAAUACUUUGUUUUUUAAUCUUUCUGGAGAAAAGUGGAGGACAAGAACAAAUAUACGGUAUACAGAAAAUUCCAGAUCAAUAUAAAGUGGAUUUUCCGGCCAUUAGAACCACACAAUUUGAAAUGAAAGGAACUGAUGACUCUUCUAAACAAAUUCUCAGGACAAGAAGAGAUCUGCAACAGAGCAUAAAACAACAAGCUGAUAAAUACAGACAUGCAGUGCUAAAGAAAUGCUGUUACGAUGGCGCUCGUCGGAAUGAGGAUGAAACCUGUGCCCAGCGUGCCGCCCGGAUUACCAUAGGGCCACACUGUACUAGAGCUUUCAGUGAAUGCUGUACCAUCGCAAAAGAGAUCCGAGAUAAGGAUACUUUUAAGAAAAAACACCUCCAUUUUGGACAGUAGUAGUAAGGAUUCACGAAGAUGUCAACUUCUUUCCUCUCCUGGAAUAUACUCAAUGUCAUUAUUAAAUGCUUUAAUUUUUAAGUAACGCACAUAUUUUCUAUGCUGUUAAUUUUACUAAGUAUCAUACAGCAAAAUCAAACUUAAAUAUGAUGGUCAUACCUUUUCAUUGUAUUUUUGAAGCAAAUAGCCUUGGUUGCAUGUGAAGUCAUUUAUCGCAUUUUAAAUUUAUUACCCUUUUUCACGAAUGAGAACAAAGUAGCUAACACUAAGUUCACCAGAACAGCUAAACCACCAAUCCUUACUGUACCCAAGAAGCCUGCCCUUCACACUCUCAGAAGUCAAGACCCAUCACACCCUGACCACUGUGAAGAUUCUGAGUGGAGAGUCAGGACCAUGUUGGAUAGUGCUCACUGCUCUGUGUAUGGCCCUGCCCUAGACAUAUCUGUAAUUACUUACCAUACUGGGUCACCACAAGGUGAUGGUGCCAAGAAAUGAAGGCCCCUAAAAUGACAUCAUGUUAUAACUAUAAUUGUUUCAAUCAGAAUGCUGGAGAUAAUAAAGUA